AUGUCGCAGGAAAGUCUGAAAGGCAAGGAGCAGCACUAUGACGCAUGGCUGGCGCAACAGCGGCGGGUGCAGUGCGACGGCGCCCACCCGACUUGUAGAUCUUGCGCCAAAGCAGACGCCUUCUGUAUCUACGAGCGUCCUCUGCGCCCCCAGUACCCAGGGGGCAAGUCCUUGUACAUCACGGCCUUGGAAGAACGCAUCGCGUUCCUCGAGUCCCGUAUCCCAGGCCUUGCCGAGGAUCAUUUUGAAGUCGGCGCCAUUUCGAUCCAGCAGCGUGGGGCCCUCCAUUUAAUCUACGCCAUCUCGGCCCGCUGCUUGCAGCUGACCAAGAAGCAGUGCAAUGUCGACCCCGAGGUAUAUCUCGCGGCUGCCAUUGAGCACAUGGACUUUAUCCUCGAGCAGCACGACCUCGUGACUGUGCAGUUCCUGUUGUUGCUGGCCUUGCAUGGUUAA